AUGUCGACCACCAACGCUCGUGGAUAUAGCUCUUUCUACUUUCACAUUGCCUAUAACCCUGAACUUGGCAACUUUCGACGUUUUGCGGCUUACUGGGCCAAGAGAGUGCACGACGAGACUGCUGAGCUGAGUGCUUGCAUAGCGAACCUUGACAGAGAGAUCAAGAGAUUCCCCCACUUGGACGCCCAAACAGUCUUGGACUGUCCCAAACGAACCUUCCAAGAGGGUUGCCCAGAUACUCAGGAUCAGUACAAAAACGUGAACUCCCGAUGGAGAGAAUACGACGAGGCUCUCAUGCGUUAUGGCGAAGUGUUAUGUAUGAGUGAGCGCAUCAUGAACUUUCCUACACAAGACAAGUUCAAUACCAAAAAAUUGCGUUAUUGGACAUCGCCGCAUUACAAGCCUCUCUUUGACCAGGACGAGUUCGUUCCAACGGGGGAGCCGGCGAAGACGUACAAAGACGAUCCAGAGACUACCGAUACCUGUGCUUGGAGAGCGUUUGCUCAUGACGACUUUUUGACGAACCGGUUCUUGGAGCUUAUCCCGUGGAUUGACGAGCAAAUUCUUGAUCGUUGGCGGCGACUCCGUGUUCGUGGCGUCAAACAUGGCGAAGCUCAACUCCCAUCAACUUUGCACUACAAGAAGAUUGUCAGAACACUGGAUACCUUGACCUGUGCGCUCGCAUCAGGUGUAUUGGUGAUUACUAUCGGCGUACUUAAGGUCGUUCGGCCUUGGUCUAUACGCAUCAUACUCACGUGCAUUUUCGGGACGUUGUUCGCCAUUCUUCUGAAAAUAAUGGCUGGAAGUUUGACGAGAGGAGAGGUCUUCACCGCGACAGCAGCCUUCUACGCCGUCGCAGUGGUCUUUGUCAGCAAUACAGAUAACAACUACGCGUGUCAUUGAGAAAGGAGUGUUCCUUUGAUGAGCAGGCAAUGAUGGGACGUUGGAUUGCCCAAUGAGAGGUGCGUGCGCGCUAGUCUCAUUGAGUCUUAACCACAUACGGUGAGCCACUCAGUCAUUUCUAUUGUCAGCCUUAUUUCUGCUUCUACCGCUCUGUUUGCUUCUUGGCCGCUGCGAAUGUAUUGUCGUUCAAUUAUAAAAGAAGCGUGUAUGUGCUGGUUGCGUACACUAUCAAACC